AUGUAUAUGUAUUUAUGUUUAAAUACCAUUUACUUUAAAUUGUUACAGAAACACGUAACAGUUGCGUUAGGCUGCGGAAAAUUAAGAGGAACAGAGAGUAAGCUCUGGAAUGGUUCUACAUAUUACAGCUUCAAAGGCAUUCCCUACGCGCAACCACCCGUCGGCAAACUCAGAUUUAAGGCCCCACUUCCACCAGAACCCUGGCAAGGUACUUACGAUGCAUUCGAACAUGGACCAGUAUGCCCGCAGACAGAAACAAACGGUGGAAACAUUCACAAGUGUAGCGAAGAUUGCCUGUAUCUCAACGUUUACACAAAAUCAUUAGAUCGAAAUUCAAAACUGCCUGUAAUGAUACUAAUUCACGCUGGAGCCUAUCGUUCAGGGUCUGGCAACACUGAUAUUUACGGACCGGAUUUUUUGUUGCAGCACGACGUUUUACUGGUCACGUUUAACUAUAGAUUAGAAGCCUUAGGUUUUUUGUGUUUAGAUACUCCUGAAAUUCCUGGUAAUGCUGGUAUGAAAGACCAAAUAGCUGCUUUUCGGUGGGUACAGAGAAAUAUAGAGAAUUUAGGUGGGGAUCCUAACAAUGUCACUAUAUUCGGUGGAAGUGCUGGAGGAACAUCUGUGACAUACCAUUUGCUUUCACCUCUGUCAACAGGGUUAUUUCAUAAAGCAAUUGCACAAAGUGGAGUCUGUUUAGUGGAUUGGAGUCAAGGAAAAAACGGAAGAGAGAGAGCGAUUAGAGCGGCGAAAUACUUAGGUAAAGAAAUUAAUAAUACAUCUGAAUUGACAGAUCUGUUUCAAAGUGUUCCAGUUGAAAAGUUAGUUAAGAUUACCUUUAAAUCAAUGACUGAAGAUGAGAAACAUCGAGGGUACCCAACUCAUUUCGUCCCAGUCGUUGAGAAAGAAUUUGAAAAUGUGGAAGCAUUUAUAACUAAGGAGCCUAUAGAUUUAUUACUCUCUGGACAAGUUAAUAAAGUACCAUUAAUAACUGGAUAUAAUUCCUCCGAAGGACUUUUUGCGACAGCAUAUCAGAUUAAAAAAGUUAAUUUUAUGAACAAUAAUUUAUCUUAUUAUGUUCCAAGAGAAAUAGCUAAUGUGGUAUCGACAGAUACGCUCGCAGAUUUUGGGAACAAAAUACAGAGUUUUUAUGCAGGUGACAGAAAAAUGACAGAGAAAGACAUUGAUAUUAUAAUGAACUUGCUUUCAGAUAUCCAUUUCGUCUACAACUGUCACAGAUUUUGUCAAUUUUACUCAACACUAUGCGAGUCAAUAUUCACUUACAGAUUCGACUGUGUAACUGACUUAAAUGUACAAAAAAAGUCCUUAGGAUUUGAGCACUGCAAGGGAGCGUGUCAUGUCGACGAGUUAUACUAUCUAUUCAAAAAUGAAAUGAAUAAAGAUGCAUAUGAAAGUCAAGAGAAGUUAAGAGAAAUUGUAUUUAAAGUGACCAAGUUAUGGACUAACUUUGCCAAAACCGGAAACCCAACACCCAAUAAUACGCUGGGAUUUAAUUGGGCUCCAUACACAACACGCGGCAAAGAAUAUCUGAUCAUGAAUGAAAACUUUCGUAUGGGAACGUUUGCGGACAAGGAGCGAGUGGAAUUCUGGAACAGUCUAUACAAGGAAGCAGGUCUUCCAUAUAUACCCGAAUGCUGA